CAUGGAGAAGGCAGCCACGGCCAACCUUCAACUUGGAAGAGAGACCCGUCCUUUCCUCUCUCAUUCCCCAACACACAACAGGCGCAUGCUUUAAGAUUUUAACGCGUCUUUAAAGGCUGCAUUCUGUUUUCCCUUCCCUCUUAAUCCUCUUUCUCCAAGACACAUGGCGUCUUGAUUAGGUCGGAGGAGCGUUUCUACACCGAAAACUACCAAAAUAUACACCACAGGGCUUGGCGACACAUAUGCGAACCUCACAGCGCCCAGCUGCUCUAUGAUCGGUUGAGGUGAAUGCCGCGACCAUGGCGAACAUUGAGGAUGUCGUCAGGAAGCUGAGCACGCCCGAGACUGAGCUCCGGCUCAAGGUCGAAGCAGCGGGCACGCUGCGCGACAGUCUCGACCACUAUGUAUCUGGCCCUACCUACCCGGUCUUCUUGAAGCGAUUUAUGCCGUCCUUCAUCAUCAUCCUCCGACAACCAUGCGUUUACCAGACGACAACACCCGAGCAGGCGAACCUCCAGAAACUGCGCAACUGUGUUCUAGAGAUUCUUCACAGGCUGCCGACUACGCCGAGCCCCCCCGAGCCGUUCGAGCCGUAUGCCGAGGAGGUUGCCGAUCUUCUGAUGGGCCUCAUCAGGACAGACAACGAGGACAACGCAGUGCUGUGCGUCAAGAUUGUCGGCGACAUCAUGCGACAUCAGCACAAGGUGCUCGGCGGCAAGGUCCAGUCCUACCUAAGCCUGAUCCAGGAGCUGUUCGAACAGCUCGAGGGGGUAGUGCGCGAGCAGUUGGACAAUACUGCUCUAGUCCCCCCGGGCCCUUCUGGGGCGCCAUCGACUCCCGGUGGCACCCAGACGACCUUUCUGCCACACCAGCAGUCCCCGAGACCCGGAUCCCCGAUCGCGCCAGGCGCUCCCGACUUUAGCGACUCGAGCCAGCAACCCGGGCGCCCGCUGCUCAAGGGAAUGCAGUCCUUCAAGGUGCUAUCCGAAUGCCCCAUCAUUGUCGUCUCGAUAUUCCAGGUCUAUAGGGCGACUGUGGCACACAACGUCAGGCUGUUUGUCCCGUUGAUAAAGAGUGUUCUUGUCUGCCAAGCCAAGGCGCAGGAGCAAGCUCACAGGGACGCAGCUGCCAGGGGAACCAUUCAUACUGGGGUCAGCCCGAACAUCAAGAACAGGGUGGUGUUUGGAGAAUUUGUCACGGCACAGGUGAAGGUUAUGAGUUUUCUGGCGUAUCUGCUUCGGCAAUAUUCUCAGCAGCUUACGGAUUUCUUGCCUGCUCUUCCAGACAUCGUUGUCCGGCUCUUGAAGGAUUGUCCGCGCGAGAAGUCGAGCGCGCGCAAAGAACUGCUUGUCGCAAUCCGGCACAUCAUUAACUUCAACUAUAGGAAGAUCUUUCUCCCAAAGAUUGACGAGCUUCUGGAUGAAAGGACCUUAAUCGGUGAUGGUCUCACAGUUUACGAGACCAUGAGACCGCUCGCGUACAGUAUGCUGGCCGAUCUCAUCCACCAUGUGAGGGAGUUGCUCUCCCCGGAGCAGAUCCGCAAGACUGUCGAGGUCUACACUCUGAAUCUCCAGGACAAUUUCCCCGGAACGAGCUUUCAGACCAUGAGCGCCAAGCUCCUCCUCAACAUGGCCGAGUGCAUAGCACGGAUGCCAAACAAGGUGGACGCACGCCAUUAUCUCAUCAUGAUCCUCAACGCCAUCGGCGACAAGCUCGCUGCCAUGAACCGACAGUACCCCAACGCGGUGAAGCUCAAGGCCUUGUAUGAAAAACAAGCCAUCGAAAACUCACCCGAGACGUACCUGGCAGACAAGGAUCACCCUCCGGAGUGGGAUGAGAUAGACAUUUUCACGGCCAUGCCAAUAAAGACAUCCAACCCUCGUGACCGAGCUGGCGACCCAGUGGUGGACAACAAAUUUCUCUUCAAGAAUUUGAUGAACGGGCUGAAGAAUACCUUUUACCAGCUCAAGAGUUGCAACCCGCAGCCGGUGAACGAGUUGCCUAACGCUCCUUCGCACUGGGCCGACGUCGCCUACGGAUUUACGGCAGAGGAGGUACAGGUCAUCAUCAAGCUGUUCCGUGAAGGCGCGUAUGUUUUUAGAUAUUACGAGAUCGAGAAACCCGCAUCGGAAUCGCCGUAUACCUCAACGGUCGAGUUCAUGGCAAACUUCUACAUGAUAUCAAGUAGCAAGGAAGAGAAGGAAUUGCUAGAGACAUUUGCCACCGUGUUCCAUGGCAUUGACCCGGCCACCUUUCACGAAGUCUUCCAGCAGGAGAUCCCACGACUUUACGACAUGAUUCACGAGCAUACUGGUCUCCUUCACAUACCGCAGUUCUUUUUAGCGAGUGAGGCGACGUCCCCCAGUUUUUGCGGUAUGCUUCUGCGCUUCCUGGUGGAGCGUAUCGAGGAUGUUGGCUCAGCGGACAUCAAAAAGUCAUCUAUCCUUUUGCGGCUAUUCAAGCUGGCCUUCAUGGCCGUUACGCUCUUCGCGGCCCAGAACGAGCAGGUCUUGCUUCCGCACGUUGUUGACAUUGUCACGAAAUCCAUCGAACUAUCAACAACGGCAGAGGAGCCGAUGAACUACUUCCUUUUGCUUAGGUCUCUAUUCAGAAGCAUAGGCGGCGGCAAGUUUGAGCACCUUUACAAGCAGAUUCUCCCCCUCCUCGAGAUGUUACUAGACGUCCUCAACAACCUCCUCAUGGCCGCCCGGAAGCCAGCUGAGCGAGACCUGUAUGUUGAACUCUGUUUGACAGUGCCUGCUCGGCUUAGCAACCUCCUACCACACCUCAGCUUUCUUAUGCGGCCUUUGGUUGUCGCAUUGCGGGCGGGCACAGAGUUGGUCGGCCAGGGACUUCGGACCCUUGAGCUCUGCGUUGAUAAUCUCACUGCUGAUUAUCUGGACCCUAUAAUGGCUCCUGUGAUUGAUGAGCUUAUGACUGCCCUUUUUGAUCACUUGAAACCUCACCCUUAUAGCCACUUUCACGCACAUACCACGCUUCGAAUCCUCGGCAAGCUGGGUGGCCGCAAUCGGAAGUUCAUGACGGACGCCCUCCCAGUGACAUUCAGAGAGUACGUCGACGACCGGUCCUCCUUCGAUGUUCGACUUCUCGGCUCGAAGCGUGACAGAGCAUUCCCGGCGCAUCUGGGAAUUGAUCUUGCCAUCAACAAAUUGACCGAGGUCCCUAAACCUGUGAAAGGCUCUUCAGCGGGGCCUUCCAAGCAGCAAGAUGCCUACUACAAAAGACAGGCGCUCAACUUGAUCAAGGCGCAAGUGAAACUGCGGGUUGGCUUCGACAAUCUGCCAGAUGAUCUUGCUCGCUUCGUCCGCCUGCAGGCUCAAGACCUGAUAAAGCUUAAUAGGGAUAUCGACGUGUCAUUCUUCGAAACAUCUGACCGGGAAAGGUCGAUGGCCAAAAAGGACGACGAGGAAGCCAUUCUGAAGCGUCUGAUCAAAGCCCUCAUGUUUGCUCAGUCGAUUCCGGAUUUCAAGGUAGAGGUCGAUGGCUUUCUUCUGGGGCUUGCUCGGCAUUUCACCAUCAUCGAGGUGGGGCGAGCCCUAGUCGACAUGAAGCGGUUCUCCAACCCAUUUGACUUAGAUAAGGGCGAGGGCCCGCUCACCGUUGAUACCAGAGUCAUGUCGGACGCUCUCCUGGAGUCUCUUGCUUCCGAGAUUCCAGAGGUCCGUGAGGGGGCAGAGGCGUUGAUCAAGGAGAUACACAGCUCUGCUGUCACGAUUUUUGGAUCGCCAAACUAUGUCGCUCGCCUGACGUUUUUUAACAGCUUAGCGUCUACUUUUUGUCAUGGUUGCUAUGAGGAAGAAUGGUUCACCAAGACCGGAGGCACGCUAGGAAUCAAAAUCCUCCUAACCGACGUUGAACUUGGAGAUUCUUGGAUAUCGGCAAAGCAGAUCGAGUUCGUCCGAGCCCUGAUGUAUGUCAUCAAAGACAUGCCUCAAGAUCUCCCCGAGAAGACUCGGAGAUCGGCCCAAAUCACGCUCGAGAUACUCUUCAAAAGGCUCACCAAGAACAUCAAAAAGGAGGACUGCAUGCCAGCCCCGCAACCAGCACCACCACAACCUGGACAACAGCCUCAGCAAGUUAAGCAGUCUCGUCUGGCCCAGAUUUGCGCUAUGCUGAACGGCGAACUAUCACAUAUGAACCGGCAUGUUCGUGAGACAGCGAAGGAGUCUCUUGAGCUGAUAGCUAAAGCCGCGGGGGCUGAGGUCUGGGAGCUUCUCGAGCCUCACCGAAAGCAUCUGCUCAGCCCGAUAUAUGCCAAGCCACUGCGGGCUCUACCUUUUGCAAUCCAGAUCGGGUUCAUCGACGCCGUCACAUACUACAUGUCUCUCAAGCCUGAUUUUGUGGCCUUUGACGAGCACUUGAACCGGCUGCUCAUGGAGUCUCUUGCUCUAGCUGAUGCAAGCGACGAGUCACUUGCGGGCAAGACUUUGGAAUUCCGCACGCACGAUUUCAUCGUCAAUCUCCGCGUGUCUUGCAUCAAAAUCCUCAGCACAGCCAUGGCUUUUGAUGAGUUCCAGAAAGGGCAGGGAAAUCCGACUAGGUCGAAGAUUGUCUCCGUCUUCUUCAAAUGCCUCUACUCGGAUUCGCAACCCACAAUAGAGGCCGCCAACGAGGCCUUGAAGGGGGUCCUGUCACAUACUAGUAAGCUGCCGAAGGACCUUCUUCAAUCGGGCCUACGACCGGUUCUUGCCAGUCUCCAGGAUGCGAAGCGCCUGACUGUGCACGGCUUGGAAAACCUGGCCCGGCUCUUGCGACUGCUCACGACAUACUUCAAAGUGGAGAUAGGCUCUCGCCUCCUCGACCAUAUCAAAGUCAUAGCGGAGCCGGCAUUCCUCGAGCAGAUCUCGUUCACCUUCUUUGAGCAGCAUGCUACGAUGAAAGUGAUCGCGGCCGUGUUCAACAUCUUUCAUCUUCUGCCCGAAGCUGCCAAACAGUUCAAGGAGCGAGUGAUCAACGAUGUUCUCGAUCUCGAGGAGAAGCUGCGAAGAACCCACCACAGCCCUUUCCGUGUCCCGCUCUACAAGUAUCUCAACCGAUAUCCCGCCGAUAUCUGGGCCCUGCUCUUGAGCAAGAUUGAUGACUUGAGAUAUGGCCGGUUCCUAUCCCAGGUGUUGCAACAUCCGGACAGCCAGGCACUGAGAGAUUACGGCGCGGCCAACGUUGAGAUCAUCAUCACGUCGUGCAACAACGUGAUCGGCCAAGGCAAAGACAACAGGUUUCAUGCAAUCGUGAACACAAUCAACAUACUCGAUGCCCUGUGCCAGUUUCCUAGCACGCUGGGCUGGAUGGAGAAUAAGGAGCACGUCGACUGGCUGAAGCAAGUCGGCAAAGACCUUGAGCGCACCUUCAAAGUGAAUGCACUGCCGGCGGCUCUUCGUCUCCCAGCAGAUCAGGCUUCCGAAAAGCUCCUGGCGAUCCUGACAAAGGCUCUCGAGCGGAAUCCCAAGGACCUGGAGCCGCUCUUUAGCCUCCUCGAGUCCAUCACUGCAGACGAAUUCCGCGAGACACAGGUCUUGUUGUCCUUUAUCUACAAGAACAUUAUCGCUAGCCCGUCUAUUGAGUUUUGGAAGACGGUUGUCCUCCGCUGUCUUGAGAUCUACGUCGGAAGGACAGCAUCGCAGCGAACUAAGUGGUACCUGCUCCACAACAUCGUCAACCCUAUUGUGGCAAUGGACGUGAUGCGCCACUGGAACCGCGGCGAGCCGGGCAAGGGCCCGCGGUUCCUGGAUAGGACUGUCAUCGACUCAAUCAAUACCAAGAUCUGGAAGGUAAACUUGCCUGAUCCGCACGACGACCUCCUGCAGCCACGCAUCGAUCACACGCGGAUGGAGGUGCUUCAGCUCUCGGCAAUGCUGGUCAAGUAUCACUACGCCAUUCUGCAGGAUGCGCGGAAAGACUUCAUCAAGUUUGGGUGGACCUACAUCCGGCUGGACGAUGUCAUCAACAAGCACGCAGCCUACGUGGUCAUCAGCUACUUCAUUGCGCACUACGAGACACCAGCCAAGAUUGUCACGCAGAUAUACUUCUCUCUCUUGAAGACCAACCAGAACGAGGGUAGGGCUCUUGUUACCCAGGCUCUUGAGCUGAUGGCCCCGGUCAUGCCGAAGCGCUGCAAUAGCCCCCCCGGCGACAAGAAUCCAGUUUGGGCUGUUGCGCCCCGCCGGAUACUGGCUGAAGAAAGCCAGAAUGUUCAGCAGAUGGGCAGCAUCUUCCACUUUCUCGUCAAGCAUCCGGACUUGUUCUACGACUCCCGAGACAAGUUUGCCAUGUUCAUCAUCACCUGCCUUCGCAAAGUGGCAUCACCACCGAAUCCCUCAAACGAGAGUAAGAAACUCGCUCUUAGCAUGAUGUGGUUGAUCUGGGAGUGGGAGCAGCGGCGGGUCGAGGGAAAGAAAACUGAGCAAAUCCGCGCAAUCUCCGAGUCUCCCAACACAAAAAAGAGGAGGCUCGAUGACAUGCAGUCCUUGUCUCCUUCGGCUACUCGACAGCCCGACAAGGUUGAGUUUCAAAUCCCGCCCAUAGGCCGUGUCAAGAUGAUCAAGUAUCUGGUCGAGUUCAUCGCCGCGCAGUUGAAUGAGCGGUACCAACUCCCCUCAGCCAAGACGCGAGAAGCUACAGCGUCGACAGGCCCAACGAUGCAGAUACAGUCAACAGAAUUCUGCAAAAAAGCCAUGACCCUCCUUUACAACCUCCUCCAGCCGCAAUACUGGGGAGAUCUCGACUUGGAUUUGUUCCCCAAUGUUACCGAGGUAGUGCUAGCUGGCGAGAAAGCGGCAACCAUCCUUGCCGCGGAUCCUUCAGACAAGGAGAAGUAUGACGAGAAGUUUAUCACCAACAUCAUCAAUACCCUCCAAGUAGUGCGCAUCCUCCUCCACUUCAAGUCCGACGAGUGGGUGGUGAAGUACAUCCCACAGAUCCAAAAGAUCCUGGAGAAGUGCCUCAAGUCGGAGAAUCCAGAGAUUCAGGACUGCCUUCACGUAGCCGACAAGCGCUAUGAUGGGGGCCGGGAGAUCAGGCCUAUCGUCAAGCGGAUCCUUGAUGCGGUCCCCGAAGACGUCCCCAUGGAGGAUGCGGAUGCUGAAAACGAAGCGGAAGCCCCGACUUCUGAGAUAGUGACUUUCCUGUCAGGCAUUGCCACGGAGAGCAUGGCUGCGUCCAACUACGUGUCCGGGAUCAACGUGCUGUGGUCCCUAGGCCGUCGCAAGCCUAAUACCAUCGAGGUGCAGAUACCAGCCCUCAUGAGAUCGCUCCAAUCCAAGCUUGCUCGAGAUCAUGUCGCGCAUUAUGCAGCCCUGGCACACCAAACCAGUGGCGUCCGCCCUCCACAGGAACCCGGAGCGCCAGCAGAGAUGGACCCCUACGACCUUGAAAUCCAGACUGGGCUGAUACUGAAGGCCGUGGAGAUCAUCGCCAUGCGUAUGGAAAUCCUGGGCGACCAUCGAAGACCCUUCUUGAGCGUCCUGGCCACCCUUGUAGAAAAGUCUUUACACGUGGGCUUGUGCCAGAAAAUUCUUGAUAUGGUGGAGGGCUGGGUGUUCCGGUCCGAGGGUACUUGGCCGACGCUUAAGGAGAAGACGGCGGUUCUUCACAAGAUGAUUACAUUUGAGCCCCGUCAGGACCCGACCAUGUUGACAAAGUUUCUCGAUCUGGUCAUCCGCAUCUACGAGGACCCAAAGAUCGCGCGGACGGAGCUCACCGUCCGUAUGGAGCACGCUUUUCUCAUCGGUACCAGAGCUCAAGACGUCGAGAUGCGCAACAGAUUCAUGAACAUAUUCGACAAGAGCCUCUCGAAAGCGGCGAGCGCCCGGCUAGCUUAUGUCAUUAUAUCCCAGAAUUGGGACACCUUGGGCGACUCGUACUGGCUCGCGCAGGCCUCCCAGCUCCUCUUGAGUUCGAUCGAUAUGAACCCCGUCAUCCAACUUAACCUGGAGGAUUUCCGGACCUUGCCAGUGUCACACCUCUCAAGAGCAUAUGCCAAGGACCCUCGAGAGCCCACGCUUAUAUCUGACGACAAGUAUGAGGCAUUCAUGGCUGGCCACCGACGCUUCGUUGCGGAGCUCGGUGAUAUCAGAGUGCGCGAUAUCCUGGAGCCCCUGACCCAGCUACAGCAUGUCGACUCAGCCUUUGCCAAUGAGCUCUGGGUUGCUCUCUUUCCCCUCUUUUGGUCAGCAACAGUCGAGGUGGAGAGGCCUGAACUCGAGCGCGGCUUAGUCACGCUCUUGACCAAGGACUACCAUUCACGGCAGAUAGACAAGCGCCCAAAUGUGGUCCAGUCGCUCCUCACCGGCGCGGCCAAGGCCUGGCCGGCAUGCAAGAUUCCUCCUCACGUCUUGAAGUUCGAGGCGAAAACCUUCGAUGCCUGGUAUACGGCGCUCUUCCAACUCGAGAACGCUGCUGUCAGACCUGAGAUCGACUCGGCCACUGUCCGGGAGAGCAAUCUGGAUGCGCUCAUUGAUCUGUACGCGUCUCUUGGCGAAGAAGAUCUGUUCUACGGCACAUGGCGCCGCCGCUGUCAGUUCGUCGAAACGAACGCCGCCCUGUCAUAUGAGCAAAACGGCAUGUGGGACAAGGCCCAGAGAAUGUACGAGGCUGCCCAGAUCAAAGCCAGAACGGGGGCCAUCCCUUUCUCCCAGGGCGAGUACAUGCUUUGGGAAGACCAAUGGGUGAUAUGUGCCCAGAAGCUCCAGCAGUGGGAGGUUCUGCAAGAUUUCGCCAAGCACGAAAACUUCCAGGAUCUCCUCUUGGAGUGCGCCUGGCGCAACACCGAGUACUGGCAAAAUCAAGAGAACCGAGAUCAGCUUGACGCCUUGAUCAAGGGCGUCAUGGACGCCCCGACACCGAGAAGAUCGUUUUUCCAGGCUUUCAUGUCGCUGCUGAAGCUUCAUAACAAGCAGGAACCCGCUCAGGACUUCAGCAGGGUCGUCGAUGAGGCGAUUCAGCUGUCCAUUCGGAAGUGGCAUCAGCUUCCGAGGCGCCUCACGGCGGCCCAUAUCCCGGUUCUCCAGAAUUUCCAGCAGCUAGUUGAACUCCACGAUGCUAGCGUUAUCUGCCAGAGUCUUGCUGGCACAACACAAAAUAAUCUCGAUGUGAAGUCCGGAGAGUUGAAGCUGCUCCUCGGAUCGUGGCGCGAUCGGCUCCCCAAUACCUGGGACGACAUCGUCGCCUGGCAGGACCUGGUCACCUGGAGACAGCACAUCUUCGGCCUCAUCAAUGGGACCUAUCUCCAGUUGCUGCCACCCCAAGGGCAGAAUACUAGCGGCGCUUCGUUUGCCUAUCGUGGCUACCAUGAAACGGCGUGGAUCAUCAACCGCUUCGCCCAUGUGGCUCGAAAGCACAAUCUGCCGGAUGUGUGCAUCAACCAAUUGAGUCGCAUAUACACGCUUCCCAACAUUGAGAUCCAAGAGGCAUUCUUGAAGCUGAGAGAGCAGGCGAAAUGUCACUAUCAGAAUCCAGAAGAACUUACGAGUGGGCUGGAUGUGAUCAACAACACCAACCUGAUUUACUUCAGCUCACCCCAGAAGGCCGAGUUUUAUACUCUGAAGGGCAUGUUCCUGGAGAAGCUCAAUCAUAAAGAUGAGGCCGAUGCUGCGUACGGUACCGCGCUGUUCUUCGACAUCACAGCCGCCAAGGCGUGGGCCGAGUGGGGGUACUUUAACGACAGAAAGUUCAAGGAGAACCCUGAUGACCUUAAGGCGGCUAAGCAGGCUCUCACCAGCUACCUACAGGCUUCGUCGAGUUACAAGAACCACAAGUCGCGGAAGCUCAUAGCUCGGAUAUUGUGGCUCCUGAGUCUGGAUGAUUCUAAUGGCCACAUUGCGGACGGGUUCGACGAUUUCAAGGGGGAAAUUCCCAUUUGGUACUGGAUCACAUUCAUUCCCCAGCUCCUCCCUGGCCUCGGCCACAAAGAGGCCCCACGGUUGCAGAGCAUUCUCUUGAAAAUUGCAAAGAGCUAUCCUCAGGCCCUCUACUUCCAGCUAAGAACUAGCAAGGAGGACAUGAUGGCCAUUAAGAAGGGCCAAGAGGCCAAGGAGAGGAUGAGGCAGCGAAACCAGAACGCAGGCGGAAAGCCUGCGGGGUCUCCCCAGCAAGCCAAGCAAGAUGGUGCUGCAAAGGCCGAGGGGUCUGUCGGCUCCCGGCCGGCAACUGCUACCGGCGAUGCCGCUCCGCAAACCAAAUCCGAGGCCAAGUCUGAAGCAGGGGAUUCUUCCGCGCCAGCGUCAGCCGUCAACGGCGCUCCCCAAAGCGACCAGCAGUUGGUAGCUGGGCUUAAGAAGCCGCCGUGGGAGUUGACCGAGGAGAUAAUGAGUGCUCUUAAGACGGCCUUCCCGCUGCUGGCGCUGUCUAUGGAAACCAUGGUGGACCAGAUCCAGAAGCACUUCAAGUGCCCUCCCGACGAGGACGCAUAUCGGCUGAUUGUGGCGCUACUUAACGAUGGGCUAGCCUAUGUCAGCCGCAUGCCGGCCUCGUUUGCCAAGGAUGUCAAGCUCCCUUCGGCUACCGAAGCAAACAUAACACGUUUUGCCGAGACCAUAUUGCCGAGCCAUAUCCGCGGCACAUUCGAGCUCGAAUUCGUCAAGAUCAAACCGACCAUGUUCGAAUACAUUCACAAGCUCCGCAAAUGGCGUGACAAGUUCGAGGAGAAGCUCGACCGCCGUCCGUCCCACAUGCCCCUCGAGAGCUAUGCGCAUUACUCGCCGCAUCUCAGCGAGUUCCGGUACCAGAAGUUUGACGACGUGGAGAUCCCUGGGCAGUACCUGCAGCACAAGGACAAGAACCAAGACUUUAUCCGCAUCGAGAGGUUCCUGCCGAACGUCGACCUUGUCCGCAGCAUCGGCGCCUCGCACCGACGCCUCAAGAUUCGCGGCCACGACGGUAGCGUGCACGCGUUUGCAGUGCAGCACCCGGCGCCGAGAUAUGGGCGGCGGGAGGAGAGGGUCUUGCAGCUGUUCAGGCAGCUCAACCAGACGCUGAGCAGCAAGAAGGAAAGCCGGCGGAGAGAUCUGCAGUUCACGCUGCCGCUGAUGCUGCCGCUGGCGCCACACAUUCGCAUCUGGCAGGAGGAUACGUCGUACAUCACCCUGCAGGGCAUUUACGAGGAUCACUGCCGCCGCCAUGGCAUUUCCAAAGACGAACCCGUGCUCUUUACUAUGGAUAAACUCCGGGGUCUUCUGGAGGCUAAGGGACCGGUAAGUUCCGAACAAGGCUGGGGCAGUCAAGACGAUGAUGACAUUAUACUUGCUAACGGCGGGCAACAGAAGGCUGGUGAGGCCAAUUCGGUAACGGCGCGGCUCGAGGUGCUCCGGGCGAUCCAGGAGAAGUGGGUGGACCACACCGUUGCGCUCGAGUAUUUCCAGUCGGCGUUCCCCGAGUUUGCCGAGUUCUGGCUGUUCCGGCGGCGGUUCUCGUACCAGCUCGCAGCACUGACGUUUAUGACGUACGUGCUGCACAUUGACAAGCGCUACCCGCACAAGUUCAACAUCGCGCGGGGGUCGGGCAACAUCUGGGGGUCGGAGCUGCUUUCAUUCUUGGCGCAAUCUAAGCCGUUGUUCCAUAACCCGGAGCCGGUUCCGUUCCGCCUGACGCCCAACCUGCAGACGCUAAUGGGGCCGCUGGCGAUGGAGGGCAUCUUCAGCACGUCGGUCAUGGCCAUCGCGCGAUGCCUGACGGAGCCCGAGUUCCAGCUCGAACACGCCAUUACGCUCUUUGUGCGCGACGAGAUGAUGUACUGGUACACGAGCAGCCACCGGUCGCUCAACCUCACGGAGCGCCUCCUGCGAGAGACGGUCCAGGCUAACAGCGACAUGAUUGUCAAGAAGGCGGUAUCUCUUGCGCAAACGCCAGCGGGCAACCUACCGGCGCAGCAGACGGUCAUUGACUUGAUUGCCAAGGCGGUCAACCCCGUCAAUCUGGCGCUCUGCGAUGCUCUGUGGAUGCCGUAUCUGUAAUGUUAUGGGCUGUGGAGGAGCUUUGUUUUUUUUUUCUGUUUCUUUUAUUUCAUGAUUUCUUAUGCCUUGGUUUCCUCCUAGUUGUUUUGACGCAGGUGGUUAUUCUAGAUUGGGCUGGGACCAUGUGUUAUGGGUUGGCUCCCUUGGGCUCGUUCUCUUAUUUACUGUCCGGGACGUAGUUUUUCUGGAGGUUCUCGUGAUCGUGAUAAAAUGGGAGGGGAGGGUCUCAGAACACAAGGAGGUGGUGGAGUCGGAGGGCAGCGAAAAGCGUCCAUGACGGGAAGGGAAGCUAGGUGCAUACGGGAAAACAAACACACAAACGCGCACUAGAGAGGUGCUAGGCCUCGUUAGUAAUGAUGGUCCAGACUAUGACACGCAUGACAUAGCAUAGCAAUGGUAUUUCUUGCAGCCGGUGGCAACUGGGCGAGGAUAGUGCAAUAUG